AUGUCUCUGACGCUGAGGACGAACCUCUGUCUGCUGCUGAUCACAGUAGUGAGCGCAGAUGAAGUCUAUCUUUUCUCCAGAGCGGGACAGAGCAUCACUCUGCCCUGUGACCGACUUUCUAAUUAUCCAACAGGGUGUGAGUGGUUCGACUACAGAGAUCCUCAGUCAGAGGGUCAGAAGAUCCAGGGAGACCCCCGGCGAAGGCAGAACCAGAACUGCUCUCUCUCUCUGCACAACGUCACAGAUGCAGACGCAGGUUUAUAUCUGUGUCGUCUGGAAGGAAGAACAGAUUCUGACACAAACGUGCGUCUGAGCGUGCUCACAGUGUCUCAGACUGUGGUCAACGCGUCACAAACAAGACUCCGGUGUGUUCUGAGACCCCACAUAAGAUCCUGCAGAGACGGGAGGAUAGAGUGGAGAGACCAGGACGGUGCUCUUCUGUCUGAAGGAAGAGACCGCUGUGAGUCUGAGGAGACUGUGGAGCAAAGUCACGAAGUCAGGACCUUCACCUGCAGCUAUAAGGAGAGAGAACAGGUGGUGUCUGCGGAGAUCAGGGUCCAGAGGAGCAGGGGACCGCAACAGGAGACCGAGACCUCAGAGACCGAGACCUCAGUUCCGCUGGUGCCGCUGUACAUUGCCUCUGGAGCCGGGCUGCUGCUGCUGCUGCUGCUCAUUGUCGCUGCGCUGCUGUUCUUCAAAGCAAAAUCCAAAAACUCUCAACAACAAACAGAAGAUAUUUAUGAGGAGCCUCAACCUGCUGCUCCUGUGGUGGAUCUGGAGAACAAUGUGACGUACGCAACCAUCAACCACCAGAAAGCAGCAGCUCAGAAACCAAUCCCUGAGGAGGAGACUGUGACCUACUCUGCCCUCAACAUUAAGACCACAGAGACCAGACCAGGCCAGGUGUCUCAGACUGUGGUCAACGCGUCACAAACAAGACUCCGGUGUGUUCUGAGACCCCACAUAAGAUCCUGCAGAGACGGGAGGAUAGAGUGGAGAGACCAGGACGGUGCUCUUCUGUCUGAAGGAAGAGACCGCUGUGAGUCUGAGGAGACUGUGGAGCAAAGUCACAACGUCAGGACCUUCACCUGCAGCUAUAAGGAGAGAGAACAGGUGGUGUCUGCGGAGAUCAGGGUCCAGAGGAGCAGGGGACCACCACAGGAGACCGAGACCUCAGAGACCGAGACCUCUGAGACCGAGACCUCUGAGACCGAGACCUCUGAGACCGAGACCUCAGGAUUUCCGCUGGUGCCGCUGCACAUUGCCUUCGGAGCCGGGCUGCUGCUGCUGCUUGUGGAUUUGGAGAACAAUGUGACGUACGCAACCAUCAACCACCAGAAAGCAGCAGCUCAGAAACCAAUCCCUGAGGAGGAGACUGUGACCUACUCUGCCCUCAACAUUAAGACCACAGAGACCAGACCAGGCCAGGGUCGGGUCUAA